UUUCAUCAAAUUUACCCACUUUGCCACUCCACUUUACAAAUAUUUCAUCAUUACUACAAAGUAUACUACAACUAUAAGUUUUUGCGCUUUACCUUAGGGUGACCGGAAAAUGAUGGAAUUAGUUACUUCCUGCGGCGGCGAUCACGGCGGCGUUGGCUGCGGCGACGAUGAAGAACAGCUAUUAUUACUGGAGACUAAAAAUGCUGACGUGUCAUGGAGGUUAAACUUCGAUGAACUACGGUUAUCUUCUGAGAACAAAGAGAAACCUCCACGUGGACUCCAUGAUUGCCUUGGCGUAUUGAGUCAGGAAGACAACAUUGCCGUGUACUACCAGCAACAGGUGGAAAUGCUCGAGGGCUUCAAUGAAAUGGAUGCCUUGGCCGAUCGUGGUUUCAUACCUGGGAUGUCAAAGGAAGAGAGGGAAAACCUGGCUAGAAGUGAAACAUUUGCCAUUAGGAUAUCAAAUAUCGCAAACAUGGUUCUUUUUGCCGCUAAAGUAUAUGCAUCUGUCAAGAGUGGUUCUUUGGCCAUCAUAGCAUCCACAUUGGAUUCACUGCUUGAUCUUCUCUCUGGUUUCAUAUUAUGGUUUACAGCUUUCUCCAUGCAGACACCAAAUCCGUAUCAAUAUCCUAUUGGAAAGAAACGUAUGCAGCCUUUGGGAAUCCUUGUUUUUGCUUCUGUCAUGGCGACUUUGGGACUGCAGAUAAUUCUAGAGUCUAUGCGUACACUAAUAUCAGAUGAAUCUGAUUUCAGCCUUAGCAAGGAGCAAGAGAGAUGGGUUGUUGGGAUUAUGGUCUUUGUGACUCUGGUGAAACUAGUUUUGGUGUUGUAUUGCCGGUCUUUUACUAAUGAGAUUGUGAAAGCAUAUGCCCAGGAUCAUUUCUUCGAUGUUAUCACAAACAUCAUUGGACUAGUCGCGGCAUUGCUUGCCAACUACUUCAGUGACUGGAUAGACCCUGUCGGAGCUAUGAUUCUUGCGUUGUAUACCAUUCGAACAUGGUCAAUGACUGUGUUAGAGAACGUGAACUCCCUCGUUGGUAAGGCAGCUGCACCAGAAUAUCUACAGAAGCUGACUUACCUCUGCUGGAACCAUCAUAAGGCCAUAAAGCAUAUAGAUACAGUGAGGGCCUAUACAUUUGGUUCUCACUACUUUGUCGAAGUUGAUAUCGUCCUACCUGCAGACAUGCCCUUGCAAGAGGCACAUGAUAUCGGCGAGUCAUUGCAGGAGAAGCUUGAAGUAUUGCCCGAGAUCGAGCGUGCCUUUGUUCAUCUCGACUAUGAAUACAGCCACAAACCUGAACAUGCACAGGCAUACCUAUAAUCACACGGAUAUUGAUGACAUCUUCUCUAACCACUGUACCUAAUUACCUCUGCAUAAGUGAACUGUGUAAUGCUGCUCGAAAUCGGUCAAUCUGCUGACUACUAUUUAAAAGAGAAGUUGCUAUUAUCUGGUAGAACAGGGAUUAUUAAUUAUAUUUUUGUUAAUUUACCUUGCUAUUCAUAUAGGAGUAAUAUAUAUCAUGAUUCCUCAA